CACACACACACACACACACACACACACACACACACACACACACACACACACACACACACACACACACACACACACACGCACACACACGCUCGUGGACAUGCACACAUUUCGUGUGUGGUACAUGCAUACAUUUGGUAUAUGUAUGUUCACUAGUUGUUAACCUGUAUAUCUACACCCUACCAUGAAAUCAUAACUUGAAGGCUUAAAAUUACCAUACAUAAAAAAAGAAAGAAAAUGAAAGUAGAAGGGGAGAAAAAGAAAAUUGAUACUUUCGAUCACAAGUGUGAAAAUUCUGAGACGAAACUUAAAAUGAGAAAGUAACCCACCACCGAAGUCCGAAGAAGGAAGAGACACCUCACAACACCGCCAUUGGGAAAGCAAGUGCUGCUGAACUCUACCAUCUCGUAAUGCACAAUGGUUUGGGGACGAAGGCGACAAGUCAUGUCCGAAGAGAGAAGAAAGUCGACCAGGGAUUGCAUGGCUGGGAAGUCCUUCUUGGACCGUUGGAAUCCACCAAUGGACCGGCCUCUGAACCGACCUCCUGACCGACCUCUUCAUCUGGGCGAGGGUAGGCAGAGGGAUGGGCUGUUAAGGGGCAGUGAGGCCAUACAGCUGAUUCAGCCAAUAUCCUCGUUUGCACCCAUAGCUGAUCCACCCGAUGCAGUGGGGCUGCAAAAUUUUCAAGAGUUGUCAGAUACAUCUGCCACACAAAUGGUGAUGUUGCUCUGCCAAAACUUCAAGAUCAAGCAGGCCAUGGACCUUCUCGGUGGUGUAUGGAACAAGAUUAUUACUGCUGCUAUCAGGCACGGAUGGCCACUUCUCCAUCAGCAAAAAGCAGAGUUAGCAAUACAAGAAACCCCAGUAGAAGCAGCAGUAUGUGAGGCAGAUAUCCCAGCAUUCAUGGACCAGGAUAAGGAGCAAACCAUAGAGGUGAUGAGGGAAGACAAGGAUGUCAGCAAAGAUGAUGCAAAGACUGAAGCUCCCCCAUCCAAAGAACUUUCAACUGAGGAUAUUGCUGACAUUUUAGCAAUGUUGGCAAACUGCAAAGAAAGGUUGGAAAGCAGUAUAUUUGACACACAAGAAGAGGCCCUUUUACUUUUACAAAAAGUUAAAACAGUUAUUGAUGAAAAGUAUCAUACCAAACUCCUAAGAAACCAACAGUCACUCUCAACUUGUGUCCUAAGGAGGCAGAAUGACGGGCGUGAGGCGGUGAGACAAGCAUUCAACUACACUGAUUCAGAUGUUGGUGACAUGACUGUUGAACUUCAUCCCUUGGAAGAAGUGGAUUUCGAAGGCUCUGAUAAAACAGAAAAAGAAGCCAUAAGGACGAGGAAAGAAGCCAAGGGCCAUGGUAAUGAUGAAGGUUUGGGUGUGGAUAGAGCAGUUGAGGUACCUGCUACCAGUGACCAAGAGAACAUAGUUAACAAUAGCACAGUAAUUGAGAUUCUGGUGCACCUGCUGUGCCGGGAACGUGAGGCCAAUCCUACACGGAGGGAAUUUCUCUUUAGAGCUAUUAGCAAAGUAAUUGAGCAGUGCAAUUCGACACUCUACCUGCCGCUGCACUCUGUCCCGCUGCUGCAGGAUUUCCGAUCUAGUCUUCUUGGGAAAUUUGAGGUCCUCUUUGAACAAGCUCAGAGCCAAAUUAUCUCACAGGGCACCCACUUUCCCCUUCCAAGUCCCCUGACCCAGCUUGCUCUGACAAGCCAAACGCACCGGCUCCUGGACGACAGAUACAGCCGAGAGUUUGAAGAACUUUCUGUUCUGGGCAAGGGGGGCUUUGGACUUGUCACCAAGGUCAGACAUAAGCUGGAUGGGCGCCUCUAUGCAGUCAAGAUUAUUUCAAUGAGAAAGAAUGACCUGAAAACACUUAACACCUUGCUUCGGGAGGUGCAGUCCCUGGCCCAGCUGGACCACCCUAACAUAGUCCGGUACCACAGCACUUGGAUCCAGCUGUACCAUCCCCCUGGCUUGAAGAAACUCCAGCAGUCGAGGGAAAUCUCCGAGGAGGAAAGUUCUUUCUCCCCCUCAGUGCCAGCAUCCAAAGCAUCCUUUGUGCCCAAGUCGUCUGUUAUGAUCAAAGAAAUAUCAAGAUCAGUAGAAGAGUCAGCAGAAGUCUCUGAUGGAAUUGAAUUCAGAGAUGACUCAGGACCCGGAUUAGAGAGCAAGGAAAAUUCAGCCAGGGUUGACCAUUUCCAAAAUUACAUAAUAGGUUUGAAAUCUCUCUACCACAAACAACAAUCGGCAAAGUAUUUAUCCCCACUGAAGAUAUCCCGAAAUAACGUCAGUUUUGGGAACAGUGCCACAUCUAUAAGUUCCAGUUUUUCAAGUUCUGAGGUCUCUUCAGCCUCACCAGACCUGGCUGAACCUCCUGAGGAAAGUUUGGAUCCAGGGGGGGCUUGCUUCCAAUCUUCUGAAGACCUUAAUGGCAAAAUCCCUGUGAUACCCUAUCACCCUCUCCGCAAUGUACCUCGGCCGUUAAGGAGUGAUGGUGCAAGGAUGACACUCUUCAUCCAAAUGGGGUUGUGUGGCGAGUCGUUACAUGACUGGCUUUUGCGUCGCAAUGAGAUAAACGCCCCUGGCUGUAAUGAAGCUGAGCAGUGUGUUGUGGAGCGCAGACAGUGCCUGUCUUUUUUCAAACAGAUUGUACAGGCUGUAGAAUAUAUACAUUCAAAUAAUAUAAUUCAUAGAGACAUAAAGCCGGCAAAUAUAUUUUUCUCACAAGAUGGGAGAACCCUUCAGCUUGGAGACUUUGGUUUGGCACGACAAUUACCCGAAAAUGUUAUAUAUGAUGAGUCGACAAGUUUAAUACCCACUGAAUCAUCCCUUACACCUAUCUCGGAACAUGCUCCUUAUACUAGUGGUGUUGGUACUCCUAUAUAUGCAGCGCCAGAAUUGAAAGUAGGAGGAAGCUAUGGAGUUGAGAGUGACUUGCACAACUUGGGCAUCAUUCUUCUAGAACUGUUCCAGUCUUUUUCAACAAUGUCAGAAAGAAUCCACGCAAUAGAAGCCCUCAAGACGAAAAGGGUCUUGGACAAGGAAAUCCUCUUGCACUGGCCGGACAUAGCUCCCUGGAUAUUGAAGCUUACCGAACUAGACCCAAAGAAGCGACCUUCAGCAACAGAUAUUCUAACAUCUUCCCUGUAUGUCGGGACGCCAUUGGAAUCCUUAGAUAACAGCCUGCAUAUGAGCCACACCAUGAAGACGAACACCUUAGCUAUUCAGAAAGAAACGUCACAUUUACGCUAUGAAUUUUCAGAAGGCAAUGUAGAUAAAUUAGAGCAUUCAAGUCAAUAUGUGCAAUUUACUUUACAUUCUGAGGAAAGUGAUAUAUCAUCAUUUGGGGCCUUAAUUCACUCACAGCAAGAGGCAGCUGCUAGUUGUUCCAACGAUCAUGUGAUAGCGAGAUUGAAGGAAGAGAAAUCAGUCUUGAUGGAACAGGUUGCAAAACUGCAGAGACAAAUUGAAAAGCUUGAGGCAGACAAAGAGAGGGAGAUGAAGGAAAAGGUAAUGCACCUUCCUAGUUCCUAGUGGUGAUUCCGGUGAUCGUAAUGCCCAGCUUGUUCAGAAACCUCCUAAAUAUCUGUUCACAUUUGUUGUUGAUGGUGAAAGAGAUUUUUUUUUAAUCGUGUAAAGAAAUGGAAGUUAGAAAAAAAAAAAGAAAAUGAAAAAAAAAUUGUUUUCCCUCUUCUUAUCAUAACUCUGACUCCCAUUGCCUAUACCUCCCUCCCCCCCUGCCUGUUCCCCAUCUCUCCCCCACCCUCAGUUGAUGUCAUGUAAAUAUAUUGAACCCCAUGCAGAGGCUCAAUGGAUUAAGCUUCAGCUCUUAGUUUUAGUUGUUCAUGUAGUGUACUUAAAAUGCAGCCAUUUCACCACUAGACGGAAGUUGUCCAUAGACACUUGUGUGACUUCUUCCUGAAUGUACAAAGUUGUGAUUAUUAAUACAGCAUUUUAAGAAUUUUGGGAAGAGAAGGAAUCCAGACUUUGAAUAACCCAAGUACUUUUAGAGGAUUAUGAAAGUACUUCUAAAUAGGCAUGUCUUAAUUUUUCCCCUUUCUCUUAUCAGUUGUAUGAUUGCUGAGUUUGUCAUAAUAUUGUAGUGUGAAUAAAAUGGUCAGUCAUUUCUUUUCAACUAUUACCCAAAUUGAAAAUAUACUUUUGUCAAUUAAUUCCUGUAUAUUUUAGAAAUUAUUGCAGUUGAUAUUCUGAAUUUAUCAACUAAUAUUCCCCUUUAAAAAGCCUAAAAAAAUGUAGUGACCUGUAGAAAUUAUUGAUACCAAAUAAUAAAGCUUUGUAAGUUGCAUGUUGUUUUGUAAAUAUAUUAGGGCCUCCAUCAUUUGCACUUCAUUUAUCCAAUCUACACAAAAGUUUGAUUUCCUCAGGUUAAAUACCUUAUGUACUGUUUCGUUAAUCUCAUAACUCUAGUGUGAGUGAGUGACUGAAUGAGUGAGUGUAGACAGACCGUCAAACGAGGAAUGAAGGGAGGGGGUGACAAGUGUGCAUUGCACAUGAACACAAACAUGCACACACAUUCACUCGCACUCACUCACUCACUUUUACGUACAGGUGUGUACAUAUCUUUAUUUUUGUGUCAUGUAAUUGUGCAUGAUUUUCAAGUGAAGAGGAGUUGUCAUUUUCACUAAUUGAUACUGACAUGCCUUAUGAAUUUUAUUUUUAUCAUUAUCAUCAUUUAUGUCUUAGCAUGUGGCACUGUCCAUGUUAUUUGUGUUUGUGUGUGUGUCUAUGAGAGAAAAAAGUGAGGAAUUGAGAUGAUAAGUUGUUCCUUUGAGUGUAUUUUAUAGAAUACAGUGGAACAAAUCUGAACUGAAACUGUGUUGCAUGUAAAUUUUAAAAUGAGUUCUUUUGGAAAGUGAUUGCAUCUGGUAGCAGUGGAUAUAUUGUGUACUUGAUAUGUCAUGAGUCAAACAGAUCAGAUUUGUUACUGUGUAUUUUUCAUUUUAACUACUGUUACAAUUUCCAAAUAUUUCUGCAGGAGGGUUUUUUUUUGUUAGCCUUGAAAGUUAACAUAAUGAAAUAUACUGCAUAUUUUCAUAGGCUCCUAGGUAAGAAUAGUCUGUUAGCUUCUCUUUCAGUUCUGGGCAAAAUUUAUCAGAAUUGCAUGGAAAGUAUAUGUAUGAGAAAUAAAUAUCUGAAAAAAGCAUAAUACCCUGUCCCAGCAUAAUAUUUGUAAAUGUUACUAUUUUGGCAUACAUAAGUAGCCAUUAUAUAUAGUACUUUUAUGAAUAGUCUUAAAUGACGGAAGGCAAUUAACUUCAUGUAAUUUCAAAAUAUGUAAUAAGUGCUAUAAGCAACUUAUGCUAAUAUGAAUGUGUUUGUAAUAGGCAGACACAAGAAACGGUCAAAAUUUUUAUCUUUUCACACUUCUGUUGGUGUUGUUCAUAACCUGUCAUGGAAAUAUUAAAACAUUUUCUAAACCCUUACUGGAAAUAACCAAAACAAAUAGUUUUACUAUUUUGUCUUCCAAAAUUUACUGCAAAGGCCAUGUUAAAAAAAAGACAUUUGUCAAAUAUAUCAAGAGACUUCUUUAAAACGUAGCUAUACUUUUGGGUGCAUGGUUAACAGAGCUGAAAUAUGUAAAAAGAAGUUGUAUCUAAUAAUUAUUAAAGACGAUUGUCACCAAA